GCUGCAGCUGACUACUUUCACGCCGCUCAUCCAGUACGGUUGCUCCAGCCAGCUGCAGGCUAAGGUUGAACCCCUGGAUUCAUCUGCUCUCAAGGCAAAAGGAUUCCAACUUCUCAAACUGCUAGCAAGAAAGAAUAAAAAGUAACAUUUAUUACGUUUCACAUCAACUGCCUGAUUUCAUCAGCCUCCCGCAGGGUUUCCUACAAGCACCCGAUCCGGUUUUCACCCAAGAACGUGCUUAAUCUCACGGAGAGCCCACAUUAUCGGUGCCUUUCUCUUUAAGGGAUUAAAUGAUUGGCUAUCUGAAAUUUCCAACAUGCCAGAGGAUUGCAUCACUUCAUUUGAUAAGAGGUCUUUCCCUUUGCCUGCAAUGCCCCUUCCCUCUUUCUUCAACGAGACUGGGUCUCUUCUUCCUUCAAGAUCGAAAUCUUAGUUCAUCUCUCCUGGGAAGUCAUCCCUGACCCUCCUUGCCACUUCCUGCCUCGCUUUCCUUCUUACCAGAGGAUGGUCUCGUUUUCAGACAGGAUCUGUCCGCAUGAUGGGAAUGAUGGUCCCUCUGUGGUUCCAGAAUUUUUAGAGCUGAUAGUCUUCACACGAGAGAGGACUUCCUGGUCUCAGCAUCCAGACAGGCCCCUCCCCGCGACGAUCGUAGUGGUCCUGUUUGCGGUGCUCGCCCAUCCUUCGACUGCGCUGCACAAAGGUGUGGAGUACUGUGAUUGGUCAGCCUGGAGCACGUGUAGCCUCCUUGACAAACCCAGCAGAAUCACAUGGUGUGGGGGAAAGGCGUCUUCCAAAAGGAAAGAAGAUGGAGUUGACCAAACGUGAGAGCCACGCGUGGCUAAUGGCCAUUGUGCCGGACAGGACAACGCAACACUGAGCAUUGGGUGCCGAGGAUUUCUUCUUGGAAUCCCGAAGCCAGGACCUUCUCCAAAUGGUGGGAUUGUAAGAGGGUCUGCGCAAGGACCAUGGGCGCUGCGCUGGGCACGGGCGCGCGGCUGGCUCUUCUACCGGGCCGGGCCUGCGGCGCGAUCCCACGCUGGGCGCCCCCUGCGCCCGCCCGAGGCUGCCACUCCAAGCCCGGCCGGGCGCGCCCUGUGCCCCUGAAGAAGCGCGGAUACGAUGUCACCAGGAACCCGCACCUCAACAAGGGUAUGGCCUUCACCCUUGAAGAAAGACUGCAGCUUGGGAUCCACGGCUUAAUCCCCCCCUGCUUCCUGAGCCAGGACGUCCAGCUCCUCCGGGUCAUGCGAUACUAUGAGCGGCAGCAGAGUGACCUGGACAAGUACAUCAUUCUCAUGACGCUCCAAGACCGGAAUGAGAAGCUCUUCUACCGAGUGCUGACAUCAGACGUGGAGAAAUUCAUGCCCAUCGUGUACACGCCCACCGUGGGGCUGGCCUGUCAGCACUACGGCCUGACCUUCCGCAGACCCCGUGGGCUCUUUAUCACCAUUCAUGACAAGGGCCAUCUUGCAACAAUGCUGAACUCUUGGCCAGAAGAUGAUAUUAAGGCUGUGGUGGUGACUGAUGGGGAGCGCAUCCUGGGCCUGGGAGACCUGGGCUGCUAUGGCAUGGGCAUCCCUGUGGGCAAGCUGGCCCUGUACACGGCGUGCGGAGGGGUCAACCCACGGCAGUGCCUCCCUGUCCUGCUGGACGUCGGCACCAACAACGAGGAGCUGCUCAGGGACCCUCUGUACAUCGGCCUGAAGCACCGGCGCGUACGCGGGCAGGAGUACGACGACCUGCUAGACGAGUUCAUGCAGGCUGUGACUGACAAGUUUGGAAUAAACUGCCUCAUCCAGUUUGAAGACUUUGCCAAUGCCAAUGCCUUCCGUCUUCUCAACAAAUACCGCAACAAGUACUGCAUGUUCAAUGAUGACAUCCAAGGCACAGCCUCCGUUGCUGUGGCCGGGAUCCUGGCUGCUUUGCGAAUCACCAAGAACAAGCUCUCCAAUCACGUGUUUGUUUUCCAAGGUGCCGGUGAGGCAGCCAUGGGCAUCGCCCACCUCCUUGUCAUGGCCCUGGAGAAAGAAGGUGUAUCCAAGGCAGAGGCCACAAGGAAGAUCUGGAUGGUGGACUCCAAGGGGCUUAUUGUCAAGGGGAGGAGCCACCUGAACCAUGAGAAGGAGGUGUUUGCCCAAGACCACCCUGAAGUGAACUCCCUGGAGGAGGUGGUGAGGCUGGUGAAGCCCACAGCCAUCAUAGGUGUUGCCGCCAUCGCAGGAGCCUUCACGGAGCAGAUUCUGAGGGACAUGGCCUCCUUCCACGAGCGCCCUAUCAUCUUUGCCCUGAGCAACCCCACCAGCAAGGCUGAGUGCACGGCUGAGAAGUGCUACCAGGUCACCGAGGGCCGAGGGAUCUUUGCCAGUGGAAGUCCUUUUAAAAGCGUGACUCUGGAAGACGGCAGGACCUUCAUUCCCGGGCAGGGAAACAACGCCUAUGUGUUCCCUGGAGUGGCUCUGGGAGUCAUGGCCGGUGGGAUCCGGCAUAUCCCCGACGAGAUCUUCCUCCUGACAGCAGAGCAAAUUGCCCAGGAGGUCUCUGAGCAGCACCUGUCACAGGGGAGACUGUACCCACCACUCAGCGCCAUCCGAGACGUGUCUCUGAGGAUCGCCAUCAAAGUCCUCGACUUCGCGUACAAACACAACCUGGCCUCCUACUACCCAGAGCCCAAGGACAAGGAGGCUUUUGUAAGAUCCCUGGUCUAUACUCCAGACUAUGACUCCUUUACGCUGGACAGCUACACUUGGCCCAAGGAAGCCAUGAAUGUUCAGAAUGUCUGAUGCAAUUUGAGAGGCUGGUGUGGGGCUGCAUGAAGCCCAGAGUAACGCUGACAAUAUAAAUGGGUUCCAAAAUGGC